CCAGGAUCAGUGUUGCUAUGGCCGAGAAUUCCGAAUUCAAACGAUUGCUCGAGAGAGAAGCAAGGAAGGAGUAUCAAUUGAUUUUGAGGAAAUGUAACGCAUUCGGUUUCGACUACGUAAUUCAACGACCGCCACAGGCAAAAAUCUGCUUCGGUUCCACUAUUCAGCGGGAAGCUGUCCCGCUGCGGGGCCCGGCAAAAAGUGCCAUCAUGCGUCGCACAAUGAGCGAACCGACAGGGGAAAAUCUAGCGCCCGGAACGUACGACAUCACCUACUAUAGGGAUCAUUCUCAUCCGGUUCUCAAAUUAGGGUGCAGCAUUCGUGGUUACGGACCUCUGUCUGCGACGUCUAUUAGGUUUAAAAUUGACGAUGUCAGUCAUAUUCCAGCGGUAGGGGAAUACGAUACGAUAAAGAAGCCACCGGUUAAACAAUGCUACAGUCCGUUCGGGGCAACCGUACCCCGUUGGGUUAAAAUAAAAUAUCCAGCUAUUCCAGGGCCAGGAACGUACAUACAGAAAAAACGCAAAGAAAUUCGAAUGCAUUCAUUUGGGAGUAAAAUUAAAAUAAUACCUGCUACAAGUACUGUGUGUAAAACGGAAAACUUUGACAAAUGCUACCGCUGUGAUCAGAAACCAGAGGUCGACUACUGGAAGAAUGCAAAAACCGAACGGAGCUUGUGUCGAAACUGUAUGCAGAAAGAGGUUGAUGAAGCAAAGUAUCACUCGAAAACCAAAUCUGUUAUGGUCAAGCGUUUGGCAACUUUGAGAGCGUUCCAACGUGUUCGUCACUGCUCAUAUUAUCACACACAUGAUAAAACUACGGCAGCUGUCCAGUUUGCAAGUAACCGUGACUUGAAGCAGAAAUUCAGAGUUGAAAAUUAUUUGUCGAUGUUUGAAUAA